CUUCUCCCCGACCAUGAUCUCGGAGAAUGCAUUGAACUUUUCCUGCGAACAGACUUGCUGACUGGAGAGAGCCUGGGAGAGCCUUGGCAGCGGGCGGACCGGCAAGCAAGUGACCGGAUGAUUUGCAAGAAAAUCAUGGACGUUGACGCAACCAGGGCGUCUAGAUUUGCUUUCAUUUUGAGACAUAUCUUGCUUCUGACCAGCUUGCUAUCUCUCUACCAGCCAUGCCUUACGAUGUGCUUGUGCUUGGUGCGACCGGUUACACCGGUCGCCUAGUCGCGCGCUAUCUGAAUGGACACACCCAACACCGCACGAGCUUCUCCCUUGCCAUUGCAGGACGCUCCAAGGCCAAAUUGGACGCGCUCAAGGAACAGGAGAAGCUUGACGAUGGGGUCACGAUCGUGCAAGUGGACGUAACGCAGCCAGACGAUGUCGAGCGUGCGGUGAAGGACGCGAAGGUGGUUAUCAACACCGUUGGACCGUUCGUGAGAUGGGGAACGCCUGUCGUGAAAGCUUGCGUCGAGCACAACGUCCACUAUGUUGAUAUAACGGGCGAAGCAUACUGGAUCUACGACAUCAUCAACCAGUUCCACGACCGCGCCCGCCAGAAUGGCACCAUUGUCAUCCCCGCCUCCGGCUUCGACUCCGUCCCCUCCGACUACGGCGCCUACAUAGCGCAUAAGGCGCUCAAGUCCUUCGUCCCCACCGCUACAUUGGCCGAUACAACCAGCGCCUUCACGCUCAAGAGCGGCGCGUCCGGCGGCACGAUCGCCACCGUCUUCGAGAUGAUGCAGAUCCCGAGGGAGAAGAUCAAGGCUAGCUCCGCCGCCUGGGCUCUCAGUCCUGUCAAGGGCCGUCCUACCCCGUCCUUCCAGCUCUCGUACCGCCUCCCUCACGUCUAUCCCCCCGUCUACGGCGGCCAGUUCUUGAUGUCGACCAUCAACCGCCCGAUCGUGCAGCGUACAUGGGGCUUGCUGCAGGAAGGCAACCCCGCCGCCGCAUACGGACCGAACUUCAAGUACACAGAGUUCAUGCAGACGCCGAGCUGGUUCCGUGGCGUGUUGCUAAGCUUCUCGCUCGCCUUUGGCAGCAUAUUGCUUGCCACAGUGAAGCCGCUCCGCACUCUCGUCCAAAAAUACGUCCCCCAACCCGGACAGGGCCCGUCGGAAGAGGCGUUGGAGCAAGGCUUCUUCAAGAUCACCACAGUCGCGUCCUCUGACCCGCUACCGGACAAGCCGCCUGUGCACGUCAAGUCGGUCUUCUCGGGCAAGGGCGAUGGGUACCUGCUCACGGCCGUGACCGUCUCCGAGGCGGCGCUCUCCAUUCUGUUGGACCACGACAAGCUCACUCCCCUCGGACAGAAGGGUGGAGUGUUGACGCCCGUGUCUGCGCUUGGCGACGUCUUACUGAACCGUCUGACGUCCUCCGGCCGCUUCCAGCAGGGUCCGGCGGAGCUCAUUGAGGACAAGAAGUCUGCCUGAAUGUCCAGUGAUUCUAAAUGUUCUCGGACUGGACCUGCGUUGUGUAUGUACGUCUGCCGUGUGAUCCAAACUGUUUGAAACUGCGAAUGAGGUACAACAGCAGCACCAUGCGAUCAAAUAGAUAGCGGCAAAGGACCAGGUAUGUCACA